ACGGCCAUUCACGAAGGCUGUUUGCGCACAGGUCGAUCAGCGGAAAUUCUGUGUGCACGUUUCCAGCGCGUGGGUUCGCGUUCAGCUCCGUGAACUUCAGGAAAAGUUUCAGGGCAGUCAACUUCAUCUUUUGCAGAAGAGAAAUCCACCAUGUCGGCCCAAAUUAUCAGCGGAAAAGAGGUCUCAGCUCAGGUGAGAGAGAGGCUGAAAAAGGAGGUGGAAGAAAUGAAGGCUCAAGACCCAAACUUUAGACCAGGCCUGGUGGUGUUACAGGUCGGAAAUAGAGACGACUCCAACCUGUACAUCAGCAUGAAGCUGAAAGCAGCCGCUGAGAUUGGAAUCAAUGCUAAACAUCUGAGGCUUUCACAGACUGCUACUGAAGAAGAGGUCCUGAAGAGCAUCACGGAGGUCAAUGAGAAUUGCAGUGUGCAUGGGCUCAUAGUGCAGCUGCCUUUGGACUCUGUUCAUCCCAUUAACACUGAGAAGGUCACCAACGCUGUAGCUCCAGAGAAGGAUGUAGAUGGUUUGACCAGCAUUAAUGCAGGGAAACUGGCUCGAGGUGACCUUGGGGACUGUUUCAUUCCCUGCACUCCUAAUGGCUGUAUGGAGCUUAUUAAACAGACAGGCGUAUCUGUGGCAGGAAAAAGGGCUGUUGUGAUUGGCCGCAGUAAGAUUGUGGGCGCCCCAAUGCAUGACCUCCUGCUCUGGAAUCAUGCCACUGUUACCACCUGCCACUCAAAAACUGCUGACCUGGCAGCUGAGGUGGGAAAGGCUGACAUCUUGGUGACCGGCAUUGGGAAGCCGGAGAUGGUGAAGGGCGAGUGGGUAAAGAAGGGUGCUGUAGUCAUUGACUGCGGUAUUAACCAUGUUCCAGACAGCACCAAGCCGAGCGGAAAGCGGGUCGUCGGUGACGUCCACUUUGCCACUGCUAAGGAGCAAGCAGCCUUCAUCACGCCUGUCCCAGGUGGAGUUGGACCCAUGACUGUCGCCAUGCUCAUGCAGAAUACUGUGCUAAGUGCAAAGCGCUUCCUUCAAGCACAUGAACCAGGCAAAUGGAACAUCACUUACACAAAGCUCAACUUGCAAAAACCCGUACCCAGUGAUAUUGUUAUCUCUCGCUCGGGUAUACCAAAGCCCAUUGACCGUCUGGCCAGAGAGAUCGGGCUUCUCUCGGAUGAAGUCGAGCUCUAUGGCAAGACCAAAGCCAAAGUUCAACUGGAAAUUAUUGAUCGACUGAAGUCCCAGGUUGAUGGCAAAUACGUGGUUGUUACCGGUAUCACUCCAACACCACUCGGUGAGGGAAAAAGCACCACGACAAUAGGGUUAGUGCAGGCUCUCGGUGCCCACCUCAAGUGCAACGUAUUCGCCUGCGUGCGCCAGCCAUCUCAAGGCCCCACGUUCGGCAUCAAAGGUGGUGCAGCUGGAGGGGGCUAUUCUCAGGUUAUUCCUAUGGAAGAGUUUAAUCUUCAUCUCACUGGUGAUAUCCAUGCCAUUACUGCUGCAAAUAACCUGGUGGCUGCUGCCAUCGAUGCUCGCAUGUUUCAUGAAGCCACUCAGUCUGAUAAGGCACUUUUUAACCGCCUGGUGCCACCAAAUGGAGGCCAGAGAACGUUUUCUCCUGUGCAGAUCAACCGGCUGAAGAAACUGGGUAUUGAGAAAACCGAUCCGUCUGCACUGACUGAAGAGGAGAUAACUCGCUUCGCCAGGCUGGACAUUGACCCUGAAUCGAUCACCUGGCAAAGAGUGUUGGACACAAAUGAUCGAUUCCUCCGUCAGAUUACCAUCGGCCAGAGCCCCACUGAAAAGGGCCAUACCAGAACAGCUCAAUUUGACAUCACAGUGGCCAGUGAGAUCAUGGCUGUUUUGGCUCUCACCAGUAGUCUGGAGGACAUGAGGCAGAGGCUGGCAAAAAUGGUGGUGGCAACCAGUCGCAGUGGCGAUCCCAUCACCACCGAAGACCUGGGAGUGUGUGGUGCAUUGACUGUGCUAAUGAGAGAUGCCAUCAAACCCAACCUUAUGCAGACCCUAGAGGGUAACCCUGUGUUUGUUCACGCGGGCCCUUUCGCCAACAUCGCUCAUGGGAACUCCUCCAUCCUGGCUGAUAAAAUUGCUCUGAAGCUUGUCGGGCCUGAAGGGUUUGUUGUAACUGAGGCAGGCUUCGGUGCUGACAUCGGCAUGGAGAAGUUUUUCAACAUUAAGUGUCGUUACUCUGGGCUACGGCCUCACGUGGUGGUGCUGGUGGCCACUGUGAGAGCGCUGAAGAUGCACGGGGGUGGACCUAAGGUCACAGCUGGCAUGCCUCUUCCUAAGGAAUACAUAGAAGAGAACUUGGAGCUGGUGGAGAAAGGCUGCAGCAACCUCAGGAAGCAGAUCGAGAACGCUAAGCAAUUUGGUGUGCCAGUUGUUGUAGCAGUCAAUGCUUUCAAGACAGACACUGAUGCUGAACUGAAGCUGAUCUGCGAGUUAGCUAAACAAGCAGGAGCAUUUGACGCAGUGCCCUGCACUCACUGGGCAGAUGGGGGCGCUGGAGCCACGGAGUUGGGCAAAGCCGUGCAGAAAGCUUCUAAGGCACCCAGCAACUUCAGCUUCCUUUAUGACACUGAGCUGCCCAUCAUCGAUAAGAUCAGAAUAAUCGCACAAAAGAUUUACGGCGCUGACGAUGUCGAGCUCCUGCCAGAAGCCCAGCAUAAAGUGGAGCUGUACACUAAACAGGGUUUUGGCAAUUUGCCCAUCUGCAUGGCAAAGACGCAUCUGUCUCUUUCUCACGAUGCUGAAAAGAAGGGUGUGCCCACUGGCUUUGUCCUGCCUAUUCGUGAUAUUCGUGCAAGCGUCGGCGCUGGCUUCCUCUACCCGCUCGUUGGCACGAUGCCAACUAUACCAGGCCUCCCAACACGCCCCUGUUUCUACGACAUAGAUCUGGACCCAGUGACCGCCGAAGUCAUCGGACUCUUCUAACAGAUCUUAUACCCUUUGUAGGUGCACUUCUACACCAGAUGUUUGUAAGUGUUUAUUUAGGGAGAAAUAUGAAUAGAGUUAGAAUCAUUUCCUGACUCCUAUAUGAUGUUAGUAUUAAUAGUUGUGUGGUCAGGUUUACAGCUGUCAGAGUAUUCCCCAUCAGAGAUGUUCUUAUAAUUGAAAGCUCCCAGAGCCAUCAAAACCCAAAAUAAUGUUUUCAAUGAAGCCAGAAUGUAUUUUUAGGCUAUCAAAUCUAGCAUCUGAUUGGACUGUGGAAUUUGUACGUUGUGGGUGGAUUUACUCCAACACAAACUCACCUUCUAAUUGGGCAUGCUUUGAGCAAUUAUGUAUUAGUAUGUUUUGUAUAACACCAUGAUUUUCAUGAUGAAGGUGUGAAACAUCAUGAAAAUAAUUGCAAAGUCGGUCAGCAGACAACUGGCCACGUUAUUGUGUGCUUAUUACAUAUAAUACAAAAUGCAGAAAUUUGAAAAAAAUCCAUUCCAAUUUAUUAUUUUUUUUUUUUUAUUUCCUUUCGUUAAACACAGAAUUAAAAUUUGUCACAAAUAAUGUUUAUGCAAACCUGCUAGAAAUUGCACAGUGGAACAUUUUUGCAUUUGUAAAGAAAGUUCAGGAAAUUCUUUCCACGCAUACAGCAUUUCGUUAAUGGUACACUACAUGAUUAAUGAGCCACUAUGUUAAUUAAAGCUAACAUUUUCAGGAAAACACAGAAUUAAGAAGUACUGAAGAACUAAAUAUGGUGUAUGAAAGCUGGUGUGGAGACAAAUCUGAGCACCGUAAUAAUUUCUGAUGUCCGUUUCCUUUAUAUCCGUUUCAAACAAACUGUAACAUGCAGUUUUGUAAUAGGAAAAACUUACAAAAUGUAAAAAGAUUAUAAACUGUGAAAUGUUUCUAUGAUGUCUUAAGCUUGACUGUUUUCUUAACAGAAUUUGACUGUGUAGGUGAAUAUUUCAUGUAUAUCAGUGUUUUGUCUUUUUUGCAUCAUGAAACAUUUCAACCUACAACUGGAACCCAAUCUCUUUUUGGAAAUAAAGUCGUCCUUUCAUAGCGUUA